CAAGUAUAAUAAUAUAUCCGGAAUUUACUAUAUAGCAGGCAUUGGAGGUCGCACAGUGGCUUGAAGCAGGAAGAAGGAGAGAAUUAGAUCAACGAAGUCCAUCCAUUCCUCUUUUCUUCUUCCUAGGAAAGAAAAAAGAAGAGCCUUCGCAGAAAACUACAGAGAGGAAGAGAGAGAGAUAUAUAUAGAGAAUGGGAAGGGCUCCUUGCUGUGAGAAGGUGGGUUUGAAGAAAGGAAGAUGGACCACAGAGGAGGAUCAGCUCCUUGUCAAUUACAUUAAAACCAAUGGAGAAGGCUCUUGGAGAUCCUUGCCUAAGAAAGCUGGCUUGUUGAGAUGUGGGAAGAGCUGCAGGCUGAGGUGGAUUAACUAUCUGAGAGAAGAUUUGAAGAGAGGGAACAUUUCUAAAGAAGAGGAGGACAUGAUAAUCCAGCUUAGAGCUAACUUGGGCAACAGGUGGUCAGUGAUUGCAGGUCAUCUCCCGGGAAGAACUGACAACGAGAUAAAGAACUACUGGAACUCGCAUCUGAGCAAGAAAGUGGAAGGCCUGCAAAUCAAAGACGAUGAAAACUGCUCAGCCGGCAAGGUUCGAAAGCGGAAGGGAGGCAGGCCGAGCAAGUUGGCGAAGAAGAGGAAAGCAGAGGCUGAGAUUGCAAGCAGGGAAAAGGGCGAGGAAAGACAGAGUAUGGUUAUCUUGGAAGACUUGCCAUCAAUAGAGAUUUUAUUGGGCGAUGGAGACAACAAUGAGGAAGAGGAAGGGAGAGGAAAAGAAGGGAGCAAUGGGGUGGUGGUUGAGGUGCUUGCAAGUGAGGAUGGGGGUGCUUCGCUUGAUGAGAUCGAGAAGUUGGUUGAUUGGGAAUUGGAGGAGAUAGCUUUAAGGUUAUGGGAGGAGGAAGGGGAGGCGAUUAGGGAAGUGUUGCCUUGGGUUUGGGAGGAUGAAAGGCUUGGGAGUGGUGGGGAGGUUGGAGGGUUUUUGGAUAAUGGGAGUUUUGAUGCAUUUAGGGAUGAUGAUUAUUUGGAUAAUUGGCUUUUAUCUGAUUUAUCGGAUGCCUCUUCUUCUUGGCUUGCUUCUUGUUGAGAGAUGCAGAGGAAUGGGAGAGGAAGAUUGAGUGUCUUUGAUGACCAUCUCAUUUUGAGCUUCUUGCAUGUCAAAGAAUAAAGUGGAGGAAUGAGUAUGAUCACGUAAAUUUUUAUGAGUAUGCGGCUAUCAUGAGAGCAUGUAAUCUAUUUGAAUAAAAAAGCAGGAUAAAAUCUUUUUUGGCUUAAAAGUAGUUGGGGUUUGAUACUCUAUAAAUAAAUUUCAGUCAUGCGACACAAAUCUGGAGACGCAACACGAACCUCA